AGUUGCCGGUGGGAGACGGGGAGCGCCUGAGGCCUGUGUUUGGGGAAGUAAACCAGUUUUGAGCAACUUCUGUCAGAAAAGGACAGAAUCUGCAUCCCACAUGAACUACGAAAAUCCUCCACCCUACCCUGGCCCAGGCCCAACUGCCCCUUACCCACCCUAUGCCCAGCAGCCAGGUGGUCCUCCGGGCCCAUACCCAGGGUAUCCUCCUGGACCCACGGGGCCAUACCAGCCAGGCCAGCCAGGUUACCAAGGUUACCCCCAGUAUGGAUGGCAAAAUGCACCUCCGCCUCCAGGACCCAUGUAUGCAGACGGGCCUAAAAACACAGUGUACGUGGUGGAGGAGCGGCGGAGGGAUGACACGGGUGAGAGCGCAUGCCUGACAGCCUGCUGGACUGCGCUCUGCUGCUGCUGCCUCUGGGACAUGCUGACCUGAGCACACCACCCGGACCUCUCACGAGUGCUAUGCAGGCUCCCCACUCCUGUCCCCACUUCUGUUACUGUAAUCAACGCUCUGCUUUGCACAGCCUGGAGUCCGUCUGUCCGUCCUAGCACCUUGGUGGGGUGGGGGGUGCACUCCUUUAUUUUAGUAAAGAAAAAAAAAAUCCCUUUUUACUAUUUCUAAGACUUUUGUUGUAACUUUGAAGAAUGUGCUGAUGGUGUAUUUAAACCGACAGCAUUCUGAUGAAAUGUGUAUUUAUCAGUUGAAAUUUUCCUGGUCCUAGAGAUGAAGACGUCUGCAGUAAUUAAA